AUGGUCGCGGGCCAGUACGACGACUUUGGUGGCGGAGGCGACGGAGACGGCGGCUACGGCGGCUACGACGGCGGGGACGGUGGCGGCUUCGGCGGUGGAGGAGGAGGGGGCGAUGACGGAGGCUUUACCGGAGGUGACGGUGGUUUCGGGGGCGAAGGUGGCUACGACGGCACCGAGAUUCGUCCCGUGUACGCCUCGCCGGAGACGAUGACCGGACCGACGGUGUUCCUCAGGAAGAGGAGGUCGCUCCCUGACACGUCCUCUGCAGCGGCCCAGUCUCAAGAGCACCACCACAGGGUCAGGCGAGGAGGCUACGGCGUCGUGGGGCCCGUGUACACCUACGUGAAGACGGACUACGACGGGAACUUCAAAUGGGGGGCGAGGCACCACGUCGGGAAGUCCUACGGAGGUCACCACGGAGGGGGAGGCUACGGCGGAGGCUACUGA